AUGGGACGAAAGGCGGGGCAGAGCUACAUUAGCCAAAGGAUGUUCCAUGCAGCUGAAGUUGUAGGAUUUGAUAAUUUCAUCCCACCAUUUGCAACUGCAAAAGGCCCAAAAAUUCUUAAAGGCGUCAAUGAUGGAUCAGGAGUUGCUGGAAUUCGUGAUGAGACCGGUUAUCGAUGGGGUGAUCGGAUCAGCAUGAACAGGCAACUAUUGAACCGUCAAGUCACAAUUUUAAGAAUUACUUCCUUACUUGGAAAUAAUGUUACUGCAGCUAAAAGUCUCUUAAACAAAUGCCUCUACACUGUUGAUAUGGGCAACAAUGAUUACCUCAACAAUUAUCUACAGCCCAAAGUUUACCCAAGUAGUCUUUUGUACGCACCAGAAAAGUUUGCAGAUGUCCUUGCUCAACAAUUUUCAAGGCAACUAAAGGUAAUUUGUACUUUGAACGGCUGUGGAGCAAGGAAGGUGGCUGUAUCAGAUAUUGGUCUAUUAGGUUGCUUGCCAGAGGAGACAAGAGUAUUUGGAAGAAAUGCAUCUGGAUGUGUUGAUUUCAUAAAUAACUAUGUGCAUCUAUUUAAUGACAAACUCAAGCCUCUAAUUGAUGAUUUGAACAUUAAUGUUUCAUGUUUCUAA